AACCCAACUCCCAAAACCCACCAAACCUAAUAAUAUAUACCCCUCUCUCCCUUUACGCCACCGCAGAGCCAUAGCAAGUUCGCAGCCAUGGCGGAAUUCGUUCGCGCGUCCAUCUUUGGCACGCAGUUUGAGAUCACUUCAAGGUAUUCGGAUCUCCAGCCGGUUGGCAUGGGAGCGUUUGGUCUCGUAUGCUCGGCCAAGGAUCAGCUCACAGGACAACAUGUUGCGAUCAAGAAGAUUAUGAAGCCCUUCAGCACUCCGGUCUUGUCGAAGCGGACUUACCGUGAGCUGAAGCUGCUGAAGCAUCUCAAGCAUGAGAAUGUGAUUUCCCUCAGCGACAUCUUCAUUUCCCCGCUCGAAGACAUCUACUUCGUCACCGAGCUCCUCGGCACCGACCUCCACCGCCUCCUCACCUCCCGCCCCCUCGAAAAACAAUUCAUCCAAUACUUCCUCUACCAAAUCCUUCGCGGCCUCAAAUACGUCCACUCCGCCGGCGUCGUGCACCGCGACCUCAAGCCCUCCAACAUCCUCGUGAACGAGAACUGCGACCUCAAGAUCUGCGACUUCGGACUCGCGCGCAUCCAGGACCCGCAGAUGACGGGCUACGUGUCGACGCGGUACUAUCGCGCGCCCGAGAUCAUGCUGACGUGGCAGAAGUACGAUGUCGAGGUGGAUAUCUGGAGCGCGGGGUGCAUCUUUGCGGAGAUGUUGGAGGGGAAGCCGCUGUUUCCGGGGAAGGAUCAUGUUAAUCAGUUUUCGAUUAUUACGGAGCUGUUGGGGACGCCGCCGGACGACGUUAUUCAUACUAUUGCGAGCGAGAAUACCCUGCGAUUUGUUCAAUCCCUCCCUAAGCGCGAAAGAAAGCCAUUAACAGACAAAUUCACGAACGCCGGUCCUGAAGCCGUCGACCUCCUCGAACAAAUGCUCGUCUUCGACCCCCGCAAGCGCGUCAAGGCCACCGACGCCCUAGCCCACGAGUACCUCUCCCCCUACCACGACCCCACCGACGAGCCCGCCGCGGACGAGAAAUUCGAUUGGUCGUUUAACGAUGCGGAUCUGCCGGUUGAUACUUGGAAGAUCAUGAUGUACUCGGAGAUCCUCGAUUAUCAUAACGUGGAUGAUGCGGGGGGGGAGGGGGAGGUGAAGAUGGAUGAGCAGGUGCCGGUUUAGGAGCGCUCUAUGAACCAUGGUGGAGGAGGGGGUUGGUCGCGGUGGCGGAGUAAAGCGAGUUCAGAGCA